GUGUUGAAAAUAGAUUAUCUACUCCAUCACCCGCACUCCCAUCUCCCCGCCCCAACUCCUUCCGAUGCAAGAAAUGAGAAGCAGGUAGGUGCCUCAACAUUUGACUCACAAUGAAAGCAGCAGGGACAGGGGAUUGUCCGGCACUGGGACAAUGCAGGUACAGAGUCCCCUCAGCGGUACUUAGUCAAGCAAGAAAAGGAUUGUUGUGGUCAAAGCUGCGCCUCGCCAAAUUGCCCCAGUGACCGAAAAGAUUUCGGAAACCGACGUUUGGGUACCACACUGUUUCAGUCAAUGAGUCGAAACGUGGAGGGAAACUGUCACUGAAUCUCUCCAGCGGCGCAAAGCGGUGUGUUAAGAGGAAAUCAGGAGUGGGGGCAGUCUCUCACACUUGAGAGCCCGCUCUUCCUACACUCCCUACACCUCACUCCGGAAAGAGAUAUCGAAUUCUCUGAAGACGGACACUUCAUACCUCGAAGACAAAAGGGUGUUGGAGGUGCAGGGGAGGUUCAACGACUCGUGUGCCGAGAGGCGGUGCAGACCUGUUUACUGUACCUCACAACUGAAGAGAUCGCCUCCGGCUUAAAAAAAAACAAGCAAAUCAAUGCUGUGUGUAUGUGGGAACCAAAAUAGAAUUGGUUUUUUUUAGCGAUCAGUGGCACGUAUCAUCGAAAAAAAUGCUGGUCCGGUUGGAUAGCAAACAAAUGCUCUUUAUUGCUCUGACAUGCGCAGCACUCCUGUCUCUGAUGUAUAUUUCUUUUAAUUCGCCCAACUUAAAAAUGCAGGUUGUCAAUCAGGAACCACGGUUUAUAUGGAGCAAAAAUGAUCACUUUACAACACAUGAAGAUUGGUUCAAUGCUAGUGCUGUUACCGAUCAGCAGACAAAGACCUCAUGGGGUGCUCCUAUUAUGUGGGAAGGGACCUUUAACCCAGUGGAACGUGAUGAAUUCUACAUUCAGAAGAAGGUGGUGAUUGGCCUGACAGUUUUUGCAAUUGGACGAUACGUUGACAGGUAUCUGAAGGAUUUCUUGGAGUCGGCAGAACAGCACUUCAUGACAGGAUUCCAGGUGACCUACUAUGUGAUGGUAGACAAUGACAGCAAAGUCCCUGCCUUGAAGGUGUCUCCGGGACGGACCAUGAACGUGAUCAACGUUCCCAAACAUUCUCGCUGGCAGGACAUCAGCAUGAUGCGGAUGCAGCAAAUCAACGACCUUAUCCAGGAUAAGAUCCGUUUCGAGGUCACCUACCUAUUCUGCUUUGAUGUCGACCAGGUCUUUGUGGGGCGCUUUGGGACGGAAGCUUUGGCAGACUCGAUCGCUCAGAUCCACUCUGCAUUCCUUACUGCCAGCCGCAACCAAUUCACCUACGAGCGUAGACCGAACUCAGCGGCUUACAUUGCAUCAGAUGAGGGAGAUUUCUAUUAUCACGCUGCUGUUUUCGGAGGCACACCUGACACGAUUCUCAACCUGACUAGGAGCUGCCUCGAUGGGAUCAUCAGAGACAAAAGCAGAGGUGUCGAGGCGAUCUGGCAUGACGAGAGCCACUUGAACCGUUACUUUCUGGAUCACAAACCUGCCAAGCUCUUAUCUCCUGAGUAUUGCUGGGAUCGAAGGCCAGCCAAAUAUAUCAGGUAUGUCAGGAUGAAAUGGAUGCCCAAGGACUAUAAGAAAUUACGUGACAAUUGAAUGGGAGAGGAGUCUCCUAAACAUUUCCUGUUGCUGGGUUAUCACCAUUUGACUGGGACUGUCUCUUGUCAAUCAUCAAAGCCGAACAGCAACAUAAUUUCACAUCUUUGAAUGAAACAAUUCCAGACAAGAAUUAUGCAGUCUUUAAUGCUGAUAACAGGGGAAGGGCUGACAGUUUGGGGCCAAUUUUUCUAUUCAGGAAUUUUACGAGUGGAACUAACCUCAGUCAUUUCAUCUGGGGAGAUGAAUGUACUUACUCCGACUGUCGCUCAAUCAGUUACUCCAAUAUUGCGCUCAGCAUGUGUGUCUGAGGAGCAGCCUCUUUCCCUCAGUGUUGUAAACAGUCUUCUCCUCAUCACAAACCUCCUCCCCCCACCACCCAAAAGUAAUCCCUCUCAAUUACCAAGAAAAAAAUGUGGUCAAGCAAUCCUGAAGUGGAUUCUGGUAAGAUGAUUAAAAGAGACAGCAUUCAAGAUUUCAGAAGAUGAAUUAGAAAUUUGUUACAGUGAAGAUAAUUAGAAUGAAGACUCUAUUUCAUGAACCAUAUUUGAAGCAUAAUCCAUAACUUCUUUUAAAAUUAAUCGGUUGGUUUGUUGAAAAGAUAAUUAUUGACAAUUGUGGGGAAACAAGCAAAGUAAUCAAAUUAGGCUUGAUUUGUACUGAAAGGUGUGUAAGCUUUAAACAUGUUUGCUUUUAAAUCAGGACGAGCUUUUCUGUAUUAUUGCCAGGAGUUUUAAAUAAAAAUUAAU